CUGACGCGGGCCACCUCCGCCGAGAAUCUCUGCUCCUGGCCGCUUGGCCGCGGAGGCGCCCCCGCGGCGGAGGUGGUCGGCCACGCGGCCGGCACGCCGCCGGCAGGCGCGGCGGCGGACAUGGCCCAGGUGAUGAGCCUGGCGUUCCCCCGCUCGUCGGGGAGCAGCAGCGGCGGCGGCCAUCAGGGCGCGAGGCCGAAGCACGGCGGCCCCAGCGAGCUCCUCGGCUCCUCCGCGCUGCGCAUGGUGUGGCCGUCGGAGCGCCGGCAGGCCUCCGGCGCGGAGGCGGCCGCCGCGUGCCGGGAGGCCGCCGCGUCCCUGCAGGAGGCCGCCGCGCAGCUCCUGGGGGCGGCCACGGGCCUCGACGGCGGCGCGGGCGCCUCUGGCCACGGCGCGGGCGGCGAUAGGGCCGCUGCGCAGGAGCGCCGCUGGACCAGCGCCGCAGGCGCACCACGUUCUCAGGCGCCGGCGCGCCCACGGCCCGCGGCAGCCCGCCCACAGCGCGCACCGCCUCGGGGCUGCGCGUGUAACGAGGAGGCUGACCCACGUUGUCCAGACGCCGCUGGUCCAGUUCCACCCCUGCGGGCCGCGACGAGUGGCACACGCAUUGAGCGCAGGCGUAGUUUUGAUUGGCCCUUUAGCCAAUCGGCCUGCAACCCAAUGCACACCUGCGCCUAA